AUGGAUAUGGCAAAGAUUAUCAAACCUUGGAAGCUGGAUGCUCAACCGACCUAUAUAUUUACCAACGCAAAACUGGUCGAUCCUGAACAAGCAAAAGUAGUCGAAAAUGCUACAAUCAAGACAGUCGGUGGCAAAAUCGUGUCAGUCGACACAAACAGCAGCACUUCCCCUACUGCCACUGAUGGAGAAAUUGUCGUUGAUCUCAAUGGCAAGCAUAUAUGCCCGGGACUCAUCGAUUGCCACGUUCACAUUGCCGUUGUUCCUGGAGAGGCGAAUCUUAGCGCAUACCAAUCCAUGACUGAGAGAAUCAGUCUUAUCCGACAGCCCUGGGUCCUCAAACCGAUGAUUGAGCGGGGAUUCACAUCCGUUCGUGAUUGUGGUGGUGCGACCUUGGCUAUGAAAGAAGCCGUUGAGGAAGGAAUCUGCGUUGGGCCUCGACUCUUCAUUGCCGGAUACGCGCUCUCUCAGACUGGUGGUCAUGGCGACAUGCGAUCUUCGCAUGACCAAAGUCCUUGUUCUUGCGGUGCUGUCUCUGGAAUCAGCCGUAUUGUUGACGGACCGUCGGAGUGCUUUAGAGUUGCGCGCGAUGAGCUGCGUCAAGGAGCAGAUUUUAUAAAGAUCAUGGGUGGCGGAGGCAUUGCCAGUGCUACGGACAAGGUUGAGAACCUUCAAUUCUCCGAUGAAGAGAUAAAGGCGAUUGUUACUGCAGCAAAAAACAACGGAACCUAUGUCACUAGCCAUAGCUAUACCCCGCAAGCUAUUCAACAAGCUAUCCGGCAAGGCGUGAGAGGCAUUGAACAUGGCAACCUCAUUGACGAAGAGACAGCCAAAUUGAUGGCUGAAGCGGGCACAUUCCUCACCCCGACGCUUAUUACACACGUCAUGUCGAAGCAGCUCAACUUCCUCCCACCCAUCUCAGCGGCAAAGAACGACGAAGUCCUUCAGAAAGGUCUCCAUGCCAUCAAGAUCGCAACCGACGCCGGCGUUACGGUAUGUUUCGGCACCGAUCUCCUAGGACCUCUUCAUUUCGCCCAGAGCAAAGAGUUCUCUGUACGAAGCCAGGUGCAGACGCCCGCACAGAUUCUUCGCAGCGCAACUGUCAACGCGGCGAAGUUGCUUAUGAGAGAGAACGAGCUGGGGCAGAUUAAGGAAGGAUAUGCUGCCGACUUUAUCGUGUUGAAUGGAAAUCCUCUGGAGGACAUUACGAUUUUGGAUCGUGCUGCGGAGAACAUUCUAGCUGUUGUCAAAGAUGGAAGGGUGUUGACUUCUAAGUUGGAUGAUGUCAAGGUAGAUGUGCAUAGUCGGCCAUAG